AUGACUCCUGCUGUCAUUCCACCUAUUGGAAGUGUGGUUCGACCUACAGUAGAGCCCAAUAGUUUCGAAUUGAAGCCUGCACUGGUACAGUUGGUGCAGAAAGAACAGUUUGCUGGAACAAGUGCAGAGGAUCCAUACCUGCACAUUGAAAAUUUCUUGCUGUUAAGUGACACUAAGAAGAUUAAUGGAACCAAGUUUUUGGCCAGAUUCUUUUCAGCAGCCAAGAGGACAAAGUUGAAGGAUGAGAUUACAGGGUUCAAGCAAAAAGAAUUAGAGUCUAUCUAUGAGGCGCGGGAGAGGUUCAAGACAUUCUUGAGGAAAUUCCCACAACAUGGGAUAGAAGUGUGGAAUCAAGCAGCAAUCUUCCUCCAGGGGUUGACAACCACUACUAGGACAUUGGUGAAUGCCACAGCUGGUGGUUCAUUGACAACCAAGACUCCUCAGGAAGCCCUGGACAUCUUUGAGUCCUUAGCAUCUCAGGAGUUUGACAAUGCUCCAGUGAAUGACAGAAGAAUGGGAAUUAUUAAAUUGGAUGGCUAUGAUGCUUUAUUAGCCAAGAAUGACCAGAUGCAGCAAGUGCAGAAACAACAACAACAACAAAUUGAUUCUCUCACAAAGAAGAUUUCUUCUCAGAAGGUUUCUUCUGUGGACACUAAUUCUGUGUGUGCCAGUUGUGAGAAAAGCCAUGUUACAGAUGAUUGUGAUUGUGGGAGACCUGCUAAACAAGCAGAAGUUAAUGGAGUGUGCUAUGACCAUAACAACCAGAGGAAUUACAAUAACCAGGGGCGAAAUGUGUAUGUGCCACCAUGGAAGAACAAGAAUCAACACCCAGAGUUCAAUUAUAGUUCCAACCAUCCGUUGAAUCCUCCACUACAUCCUCCUCCAACACACUCAUCACAGCCAAGUGAUACUACUGCAUGGGAGAAAACUUUUGCCCAGUUAUCAAAGACUACUCAAGAUUACAUCCAGGGGUCAAAUUCUUUCAGGGAAGAGACUUCUGCUUUCAUGCAGGAGACUAAGACAACAUUAAGAAACCAGGAAGCAUCCAUCCAGAAUUUGGAGACACAGGUUGGUCAGUUGUCUAGGCAGAUAGAUGAGAGGCCACAGGGAAAGUUCCCUGGUGAUACUAUGGUGAAUCAAAAGGAGCACAACAAGUCCAUCAUUACAAGAAGUGGGCUUGUGCUCCAACCGGUGAACAAGAAAGUGGAUGAGAAGAAAGUGGGAGAAAAGAAAAGUCAGGAGGAAGUUGUUGUUGAAGAUGUUGUAGUUGAAAAUGAUAAAGAAGAGGAAGUUGAGGAAAAGAAGAAGGAAGAAGAGGUAGUGGUUGAAAAAAGUUCUUCACCCAAGAAGUUGAUGAAGUGGGAGAAGAAGAAGAUGGCUGACAAGCAGGACCAACCAAUUAACCUAUCUCCUUAUGCUAAAGUGCCUUAUCCUCAACGGUUGAAGCAGGAAAUCCAGAAGCAGCACUAUGCAAGGUUUCUGGAUAUUUUUAAGAAGUUGCAGAUUAACAUUCCAUUUGCUGAGGCCCUGGAGAACAUGCCUCACUAUGCCAAAUUUAUAAAGGAUCUUCUGUCUAAGAAGAGGAAAUUGAAGGAUGGUGAGACAGUGGCUUUGACAGAAGAGUGUAGUGCCCUGAUCCAAAAGAAGCUUCCACCAAAAUUGAAAGAUCCUGGAAGUUUCAGCAUCCCUAUUGCCGUUGGAGAUGUGGAAGUAGGGAAGUCACUUUGUGAUUUGGGGGCCAGUAUAAAUCUGAUGCCUUUGACUGUAUGUAGAGCCUUGGGAAUCAACACCCUGAAGGAUACUAAUCUUAUAUUGCACCUUGCUGAGAGAUCCAUCAAAAGACCAGAAGGUGUGGUUGAAGAUGUUCUGGUCAAGGUGGACAAGUUUAUUUUUCCAGUGGAUUUUGUUAUUCUAGAUAUGGAAGAAGAAGAUACUGAAAGCCCUCUACUGCUAGGGAGGCCAUUUUUAGCAACUGCUAGAUCCCUGAUUGAUGUUGAACAGGGAAGAGUUGUGGAAGAAGUGACAGGAGAAGAGGACCUGUUAUUGGAGGAAGACAAAAGUAUGGAAGAAAUGCGUGGGGAAUUUUAUCAAGAGGAACCAAUAGUUGAAGAGCUUGAAAAGAAGAUGGAUGACAUUCCUAAGGGAACACCUAAGGUGGAACUGAAAGAACUACCUUCAAAUUUGAAGUAUGUGUUCCUUGGGGAUGAUGAAACCUACCCAGCCAUUAUCAAUGCAUUUUUGUCUAAGGGGAGGAAGUGA